GACAGAGAUCCUGUGAAGUUGCUAGCCUCCUGCAGGGAGGAUUCCUUCCCAAAGUGUCAUGCGAUGCUUCCUGAGACGUUCACUUAUAGCAGCCACAUUUCUCCUUGUGUUUAUGUUUAUCACUCUGGCUAUUUGGACUCCAAAGGACCUUGAGAUGGAGGAAGCACAGCAUUGGGCCGAGGAUAUUGGGCUACAACAACUUCAAGCUGACUGGAACCUGCAUAGCCUUCGAAAUCUAACCAAUGCCACCAACGUCUUGAGUAUCUCUUAUCAUUAUUUUGCUGGCAUUCCCCCUUUCAAGAAAAAGUUUCUGACUGUGGGACUGUGUUCUGUAAAACGGAAGAAAGGGAACUACCUCCUGGAGACACUGAGGUCCAUCUUUGAACAGUCAACACGUGAAGAGCUGAAUGAGAUGGUGGUAGUGGUGCAUCUAGCUGAUCCAGACCAGGAGUGGAAUGCUCAGGUUGUGGCGAAUAUUGCCAAGGGAUUUCCUCAUGAAAUCUUGCUGGGCCAUCUACUAGUUAUACAUGCCCCUCAUGAAUAUUAUCCUUCCCUAGAAGGCUUAAAACAGAACUUUAAUGAUGCUAAAGAUCGUGUGAAAUUCAGAUCAAAGCAGAAUGUAGACUAUGCCUACCUUAUGAACUUUGCGGCCAACCUCUCCACCUAUUACCUUAUGAUCGAGGAUGAUGUCCGGUGUGCCAAAAACUUCUUCUCAUUGAUCAGAAGGGUGCUGGAAUCUCAGAAGAGGUCUUACUGGGUCACCUUGGAAUUCUCCAAGCUUGGCUACAUCGGCAAGCUCUACCACUCCAGUGACCUUCCCCAGCUUUCUCGGUUUCUCUUACUCUUUUACCAAGAAAUGCCAUGUGACUGGCUUCUUGGACACUUUCGACUUCUUCUUACCCAGAAGGAGGUGAUUCGUUUCAAGCCAUCCCUUUUCCAGCACAUUGGCCUCUACUCCUCCUUCCAAGGCACAGCAAACAAACUGAAAGAUGAAGAUUUUGAAGAGAAUCCUAAUAUGUUUCCUGACAAUCCCCCUGCAGACAUGAUAACAGAUAUUGCCAGUUUUGAGAAUUACUUACCCUAUAAGGCCUAUACCAACUCAGAGGAGUACUUCUGGGGCAAGGCCCCCUCAGCUGGAAACUCAUUCACCAUUGUGUUCAAGCAGCCUGCAUGUAUAUUGCACAUACAGAUCCAAACAGGGUCUGAAAAGCACCAUGAAGACUAUCUCCGGUCAGGGCUUGUUGAGUUGGGCACUCAGAAGAAAACUGAUGGUAAAGGUUGUAACAUGUACACCUCUAUUGGACUGUUUGAGAAGGGAAACUUUGACAGACAGGGCCUGGAGAACAUAGCAGCCUCUGCCCCAGAGUGCAUACGCAUUGUGGUAACUCGAGAUCAGACUGAAUGGCUGGUCAUACGCAGCAUAAGGAUCUGGACAAAGCCCAGUCCCUAAAUGAAUGCUGUGUUGGGUCAGGAACUUCUGCAGACUUUGCUUUUGGGUAAAGACCUGUCUAGGUACAAUAAUCCAUUGUGGGAGGAGCAACAAGAGAUUCUGCAGUCUUGUCACAAUGAGUGGCUAUGAAACAUACAAGGCAAUUUUUUUUUAUCUAUAUGUGAUCCAAAGAGCCAGUUUGGUGUAGUGGUUAAGUGCACGGACUCUUAUCUGGGAGAACUGGGUUUGAUUCCCCACUCCUCCACUUGCACCUGCUGCAAUGGCCUUGGGUCAGCCAUAGCUUUGGCAUAGGUAGUCCUUGAAAGGGCAGCUGCUGUGAGAGCCCUCUCCAGCCCCACCCACCUCACAGGGUGUCUGUUGUGGGAGAGGAAGGUAAAGGAGAUUGUGAGCCGCUCUGAGACUCUUUGGAGUGGAGGGCGGGAUAUAAAUCCAAUAUCAUCAUCAUCAAAGCAUUGGAUUCUCCCAACCCAGUUCUCCAACAAUUUUGGCAACUUGUGGUGCCUUGAGUUGUUCCACUCAGGGAAGAGGCCUGACUGAAGUCCUUCAUGUUCAUCUUUGUUUUCAUGCUCCCUUUUUUAGAACCAUAUGGGGCUGGAAAAUAAUGGUUCAACUAGGAAACUGGAACAGUGUAGCAGGCAGAGCCUGUACCUCCAUCUUCCAGGACUCUUCUGGGCUCUGUACCAUUCAUAUCAAGUAGUCCUAGAAGCAAGAACUAUUUCAUGUUUUGGAGGGGGCCAGGCAGAGAGUAUCCAAAGCCCCCCUCUUCUCCUCUGAGCACAACCAGGACUCCCACUCAUGCCUUCCUUUCAGCAACCCACAUCUCCGCCUUCCUUUGUUUUUUUCCUUCCCCCACCUGUUUGUGAGCCUUCCUACUAACCAUAUGUCCUUUCCCCAGUAGUGCUGGGUGGUGAAUUAAGAGAGGAACACCACCACUUUGCCUGCUAGGAGUGCCACCAUUGACACCAGCAGGUCUGUUCCUGGCAGCAUGUGGUUGGAGAGGCUCUGUCUCUGGGCCCUGACAGCUGCCCUGCAUUAUAUUGAGGCUGGCCCUGCCUAGAAGGGAGUAGAGCAACUACUUUUCUGAAUUAUGAUGUAGGCAAGACAUGAUCCCUUAAACCCCCUGGCCCUAGCAAUUGGGAUUGUGUCCACCACCAUUAUGUUUUUCAGCUGCUAUCAUCUGAAGGGCAGGAUAAUGACCCUACAGGAGCAAAAGGAAAGACGUAACAGCACUGACUGAAAUCUCUAGAUGCAUUUUUAUGUAACUCCUCUCUCUAGCUUCCAAUAAACCCACUGUCAUUUAUUUGUACUUUGAGUCUAACUAUCGGACUGACAAUGUAUGGGUUUUUAUCUUGAGGAAAUGUAACCAGAGCACGCAUCAAUGAAUCUUUCUUACUUUGAUGUGUAAGUUAAAUUAUGAAUACUCAAAUAAAUCAGACACUGGUGAAUGUAAUUAGAAUCAUAUAUGGUAUCUUCAGCAGUUGCCAGAUGAUCUUCAGGUACACACCAGCUCAUGAAACAAACAUAGGUUAAGUAGUUCUAGUGGAGAAGGGGCCAGAAAAUAAGCACCUGGAACAGAAGCUUAUUUCCUAGCCAGGUACACAGCAAGGUAGUCUUGAGGAAUGCAGUGUCCCUCCAAGAUAGCAUCAUCUUACAGCAGACUCAGCCAGAAAAGCCAAUUCAAUCUCUAGUAUUUGUUUAGCUGUUCCAAUUCCUGAUAAUAGCAUCUGUACAAAUGAGAGGUCAGAUGUAGUCUUAAGACAAGGUUUCUCCCCACAAGGGCUUCAUAAUUCUUAAGAAUAGGGUCUGCAUCCUCCCCUAUUAUAAACCAGUGUUGUUUACAAGUGGAAUAAACUUCUGUGAAAUGAAUAAA